AUGAAGAACGGUCCUGCCGACGGCUCAUCACCGGCACAGGGCCCUCCCUACGACCCGACGACAGGGUUCCCCUCGACCGGCGUCCUGCCCGUGGUCCCGCCCGAUCUGCUGCCAGACAAAAACCCACGAAGCAACGCGGCGACGGCAGCAUCGGCAGCGGGCGUGCGGGCCCUCAGCGCCCAGGCCAUCGCCUUUUACUUCCGCGCCCCCGUCAAGGCCUUCUUCCGCACGCGCGUCGACUACCUCGCCUGGGCCCGCAGCGUGCACCUCGACCAGAUCCAGCAGCAGCUGCAGCGACGCGAUCCGGCGUCGGCGGCCGCGCGGUCGCGGUUCCAGAACGGCCUGCGCCACACGUGGGACUGGCUGCGCGGCACGACGCCCGGCGUCCUGACGACGGCCAUCCGCCGUCACGGCUGGGGCGUCGUGCCCAACCAGAUCCUGCCGCCGCUGCUGGCCAACCUGCACGAGCAGAGCGCGAGAGCCCGCCGCACCGUCUACCCGCCGCCCGAGCCCGUCCACACCUUCACCGCCGGCCUGCUCGCCGGCGCCCUGCAGAGCCUCGUCGCCGCGCCCCUCGACGCCAUCCAGGCCCGCUACGACCACCGCGACCUCAUGCCGCCGGCCGACGGGCGUGCCGCCGCCGCCCCCAAGAGCAUGUGGACCUUCAGCGCCGAGAAGCUGCGCGAGAUUGGCCCCGGCGGCAUCUUCGCCGGCUACGGCCUCUCGCUCCUCAAGGACGGCCUCGGCAGCGCCGUCUUCUUCAGCACCUUUGAGUACGUCAAGGCCCAGAGCUACUACCGUUUCGUGACGUGGUACUACGGCGACCUCAACGAGGACAUGGCCAACCUUUUGGCGACGCGGCGGCCGACGCGCGCCGGCCCCCGCGCCGACGACAACGACGGCAUCACGCCCCUCAUCAUCAAGCCGCACUACGCCAUCGAGCCCCUGUUCCUGCUGCUCGCCGGCGUCACCGCCUCGUUCGCCCAGCAGGCCGUCAUGCACCCGUUGACGCACUUUCAGCUCGAGCACUGGGACCACCUCGAGGACAUUGACCAGAAGACGGCGACCAUGCGGGCCGACGCCGCCGCCCGGGGCGGUGCGCCGGCCCGGGGGUCCAUCUUCCGCAUCUACUACCACGCCUACCAGGAGACGUGGGCGCAGUGCGAGGCGGCCGCCGCCGCCCAGGGCCGGAGCGUUCGCAGCUGGCUGUACCGGGGGUUCUGGUGGAACACGAUCCGUCAGGUGCCGAGCACGAGCGCCGGCCUCAUCAUAUUUGAGCUCGUGCGCAGGAAGUACGGUCUGCGCAGCGACGAAGUGCGCAUCAACAAGGACGGCUACGAUAUCCAGCUGAACUAG